CCGGACCCCUCCACCGUCGACACAUCCAUCCUUCCCUCCCGCCACCUCGCAGAUAUCUUCCUAGACCGAUACUGGGGCUGUGCGCAUAUCGUUUUCCCAUUCCUCGAUCGCCGGCAGUUCAUGGAGAGGUAUGAGACGUUUUGGGAUGAACCCACCGCACUACCGGGAGAGGUCGAUACCUUCCGCGCCUUGGUUAAUAUCGUGUUGGCGAUUGGCGCGUAUCACGUUUGGAGGUCGGGGCCGAUGGGGGAGGGGGUGCCCAGAGUAGGGGGGGUGGAUGAGGGACCGAAGGUUCAUGAAGAGUUGUAUGCGCGGGCGCAGCUUUGUGCUGGGGAUUUGGAGGAGGUGCGCGGGUUGAUGCAUAUCCAGUACGUCCUUCUGUGUGCUUUGUACUUGACCGGGAUGGACCGUCCCAAUCGCGCUUGGAACACGAUCGGGCUCGCUGUCCGUCUCGCGUACGGCAUCGGACUCAAUCUGAAGAAUGAGGCGAUGAAAGGGGUGACGGAAGUGCAGAAAGAAACGAGGAAUAGGACGUGGUGGUCGAUUUACUGUCUCGAG